UACUUGCGACGCGCGUUCUCCGUUCCUCUUUCUGUCGUAUCCCCCGGGUUUGCCCCCGUUCUCCAAUCUUCUACAACCGGCCCGUCCCUUAGCCCUUCGGCUAUAGGUCUUGCAUACGCAUCGCUGAUGCACACACACGUGCGUUUAUAUACUAACUAAAAUAUACCGAACGUUCAUCAUCGCGCUCUCCUCCCGAUCUCUCUCUCCCUCUCUCCCUCUCGUCAUCUCGUUCGCCACACACUGUCGCCCUUGUCCUUGUCCUGUCCCUUCUCGUCAGGAGUCCUCCUUGCCCUUUUUUGUCCCGGCUACCGGCGAACGCGCGCGUCGUCUUCUUCGCCCAGUAGUUUCCUCGCUCUCUCCCAUCCUUCACCCUCUUCCAACCCGUCUAACUCUUUUUCUUCCCGUCUUUCUAACUCCCGUCCUCGUCGUCGUUUCUGGCCGUUUUGCUUUUGCACAUUCUUGUUUAUCUCUCCUGCAACGAGAGCGCGCGAUCACUCCUGUAUACAUUGCAUUCUCACUGUGCAAUUGAACGGAGCGAGGACUCGCGAGGACACGUGUCUAUUGGCACGUCGAAAUAAGGAAGCUGAAGGAAAAUCGAGAGAACGGGAUAAGAGUGACAAUGUUGGAAUUGGUCAUCUGGAUCACAGUCAUCUGGUCGCUGGUUCUUCUAAUCUACUUUGCGUAUUUCUUCAAGUUUAACUGGGUGAAAGAUUUGAGAAGUGAGAGUAAAACGCGGCAGACCGGCAGCGUUUAUACGGCUAGUAAAAAUCGGAAGGUAGGUAAACUACCGCCAGUCUAUCCGAACGGAUGGUUCGCCCUACUCGAGAGCUCGGAGAUAAAAAGAGGUCAGGUGAAACACGUGUCUGCUCUCGGUGAAAAUUUCGCGGUGUUCAGAACCGAAAGAGGCGUAGUCAACAUUUUAGACGCGUAUUGCCCGCAUUUAGGGGCAAAUAUGGCAGAGGGUGGCCGUGUCAAGGGAGAUUGCCUGGAGUGUCCCUUUCAUAGCUGGAAGUUUCGCGGAGAGGAUGGCUACUGCGAGAGCAUACCUUAUACUGAAAAGGUGCCACACAUCGCUCGAGCAAAAGUCUGGAAGUCCUGCGAAGUAAAUCACCACAUCUUCGUCUGGUAUCACUCCGAAUCAGUUGAGCCUGACUGGCAACCCCAGCCGCACACAUUCAUUUCCAACGGGACAUGGCGCUACCAAGGUCGUAAUGAGUUCCUCAUUAACUGCCACAUACAGGAUAUAGCUGAGAACGGGGCUGAUCCUGCGCAUCUGGACGCGGUACACGGCCCGGGUAUAUUCCUCUCCGGCAACUUGUCCUGGCUGGCUCGACAUUUGUGGAUCACUAACAGGGGAUGGCAGCCGCACUGUUCGUAUGACAACCAGACAGACGAGGACGCAAACGCGGAUGCAGAAACAGCGAAGAUGCGUGUCAACUUGAACGGUGCGUCGAUCCAUCGGAUCGAGAGCGGCAACGGGGAUCGUCAUCUCGCAGUCGCGGAGAACGGCUUCGGCAGAAGGGAGAAGCACAAAGCCGGCCUGCACAUGUGCCACAAGUUGAUCCUGCUGGAGCGCUUCAACGUGAUGGAGAUCAACGUGGUCAUCGAGCAGAUCGGGCCUAGUUACGUCGAGCUGAUGAUCGACACGUCGUUCGGACCUAUGUGCAUCCUGCAAACAGUAACGCCGAUCGAGCCGCUGCUGCAACGGGUGACCCAUCAGAUCUUUUCGCCGCCCCUGUUGGCACCGUACGCCAAUCUGGUCUUUCUGGGUGAGUGCGUGAUGUUCCAGCGCGACAUCAUGAUCUGGAAUUACAAGAAAUAUGAGCGGCAACCGAUCCUGGUGCGCGAGGACCGUGCCAUUCUCGCAUACCGUCGUUGGUACUCGCAGUUCUACUCUGAUCACAGUCCCACUUAUCAGACGGCUAUGAAGGACCUGGAGUGGUAGCGAUACCUCCCUUUUGAAAUUUAACUUGUAUACUUUCUGUUAUAUUUCUAGGUAUUAUUUUUAUUAUUAAAGCAGGUAACUUGUGUAUAAUGUUAAUUAAAAAAAAAACGCGUUUGAGAGAGAGAUCUUGUUAAUUGUAGUAUAAAUAAUUGUUGAUCUAAAACAAGAUUAAAUCUUUAUCAGUGUGUCGAUAUAGUUUUUACUAUCGCUUUAUAUGUUGAAUGUAACUGUAUUUUAAUCGUUGUUACAUAAAUUGUCGCUCAUUGUGUACAAAAUGGU